AUGGCCUCCGAAAUCGACAUCUUCAACGAAUAUCCCCUCCGCCUCGACCCAAGCACAAAAGCCAUCUCCCUCCUCCCGUCCUCCUCGCAAACCCCAGCUCAAACAACAGCCAUCACCGCCGAACUCCAAGAACUCAACGCCCUGCACCGCUCCCUAAUCAGCCUCGACCCGCCCAACAUCCCUCCACCCCCUCUCCCCGUGAACCCCAAGCGCAGCGCACAGAUCACCAAGCUCCGCGACAGCGGCAACGCCGCCUACCGCAAGUCCAACUUCGCCGAGGCCAUCCGCCUGUACACCUACGCCAUCGAGAUGGCCGUUGCCCGCCCUGGCUGGGAGCCUGUUACACUGGCACGCGAGGAGUUGGCGGGCUUGUAUGGGAACCGCGCGCAGGCGCAUUUGGGCCUUCAGGCAUGGCCUGAAGGGUUGUGCGAUGCGAAGGCGAGUGUGGACUCGAAGCCUGUCGGGAAUGUCAAGGCUUGGUGGCGCGUUGCCAAGUGUUUGGCGGAGAUGAGCCGGUAUCAGGAGGCGAAGAAUUUCUUGUUGAAGGGACUGGAAAUUGAGGGGAGGGUGAGUGAGGGGGGCAAGGAGUUGGUGCAGUUGUUGGGAGAUGUGGAUGCUGCGCUGCAGCGGUUGGGAUAG